AUGCCAGACUUCUUCCUCCCCCAGAUCCACGACAACCCAGACAGCUCAUGGGGUCCCAGCUCCAGCGCCCUCCCUUCGCAGUUCAAGGACUGCAGCAUCCCCUACGCGCCCUUCUCAAAAUCCGACAAGAUUACCCGUAUCGCAGACUGGCACGACAGCCAAACUGAGGCCGCUGGACCCCGUGCUGGCAGGACAGGCCAGUCUGGCCGACGAACCGCUUACGGCGCUGCUGAGGGCACCGUCUUUGGUUUCGUCCACGAUGAGGAUGACAAGAGUUUCUCUCUCGUCGACAGUGGUGUUCGUGCGGGUGCGAGGGGCAAGGCUCCUAUCAGGGGCAGGAGCACGAGGGGUGUUGCGUCAGCGAGGGGUGCCAGGGGACGAGGUGGCCAGAGGGGCGGGUUCGGUACCCGAGGUGGACGGGGUGGUGGACGAGGUGGCUACAGCGACUGGAACAAGCCUCAACGUACAAGAGACUCUUCUGUCACUAUCGGUACCGAGUGGGAUGUGCUCGAGGAGGUCGACUUUACCCGACUCGCCAAGCUCAACCUCUCUGUUGACGCUCCCGAGGAUCUUGGAUCCUACGGUACUCUCCAUGCUUAUGACAAGACUUUCGACCGAAUCAACACUAGGAAUGACAAGCCUCUCGAGAUUGUCAACCGUGUGAGAUAUAACUCUACCACCAGCGACGACCCCAUCAUCGCCGAGGCAAGUCUUCAUAUACUCGCCGCCCAAGUCUUUGCCACCGACUCUAUCCUCGCCGUCCUCAUGUCUGCCGGCCGAUCCGUCAACUCUUGGGAUAUCAUCAUUGAGCACCGUAAUGGCCAAGUCUUCUUUGACAAGCGAGAGUCUGGUCCCCUCGACUACCUCACCGUCAACGAGAACGCCGCGGACCCCCCUAUCGACUCCGACGACCCCAACAACAUCAACUCUGCCGGCUCCCUCUCCCUCGAAGCCACCUACAUUUCCCACAACUUUGCUUCCCAAGUCUCCGCCUCCUCCAAAACCAAGCCCUACUCUCCCAACCCCAACCCCUUCUACUCUUCCGAUGUCGAGACCGAGCCCCCCGCGAGCACCUUGUACAAGUACCGCAAGUUUGAUCUCUCGGUCGAGGAGGAGGAGCAGUUCGACGUUGUGGUCAGGGCCGAGGCGGACGCUUACUUGGGCAAGAAGGAUGUUCUCGUCACUGUCAAGGCUUUGAACGAGUACGACCCCCGUGUGCAGGGUGGUUCCGGCAAGCCUUUGGACUGGAGGAAGAACCUCGACACCCAGAAGGGUGCCAUUGUCGCUUCCGAGAUGAAGAACAACUCUGCCAAGUUUGCCCGAUGGGCUAUCCAGUCCAUCCUCGUCGGUGCCGAGCAGAUGAAGAUGGGUUACAUCUCCCGAGCGAACGCCAAGGAUGCGCAGAGGCAUGUGGUGGUCGGUGUGCAGAGCUUCAAGCCGGCCGACUUUGCCAGGCAGAUGAACGUGUCGUUGACGAAUGGGUGGGGAAUUGUGAGGACUAUUGCCGACUUGGUGCUCAAGCAGCCCGAGGGCAAGUUUGUGCUUGUCAAGGACCCCAACAACCCCCUGGUGAGGUUGUACAGAGUCCCCGACGACGCUUUCGAGGCCGAGGCCGACGAGGAGGACGAAGAGGACGAAGAGUAG